CGAGGGGAGGCCCGGCCUCUCCUCUCCCCUCAGCCGAGGCCACGGCGCUCGGCGGCCGAGGACAAAAGCGCGAGCAUGAUCAAGCGAGGCGGGCCGCCUCUGAUCAUUAAGCGGGGAGCCUUUUGAUGGCCGCCGGCCCCCGCCCGGGCUCACAAAGGGCCCAUUCAGCGCGGCCGCCUCCUCCUCCUCCUCCUCCUCCUCGGCGGCGCGCAGCGGGGCUGAACCAGGGCCCGGCCGGGCUCCCCUAAUGAAGCCGCCGCGCUGGCCCUCGUGCGCCUCCCCUUCUCACCGCCCCAAUGGCAGGACCCUCGCCUGGCACCGCUGCCGGCCCUAAUGAAUGAAUUCUCUCGCGUUUAUUUAUUUAUUAUCAUUUAUUCUUUCGGUGUGCUCCCCCCCCCCACAAAAAACAUGAGCGUCGUCUGUGCGGGUCCCCCCACCCCCGAGGGCACCGCAUAUAGGCGCGCAAGGGCGGCCUCGGCGGCAGCCGCUCCGCUCGCCCCGAGGGGAAAGGGAGGCUCCUUCUCCCUCUCCUUCUCCUCUUCCCUCCUUCGCACCCCACGCCACCCCGGAGGCGAUGGGUCCCCUGGUGCUGCUGCUGCUGGUGGAUCGGGCCCUGGCCGCCCCCCUGGGCAAGGAGCUCUGCCCGAUGCCCCCCGGCGCCUUGCGAGCUCUCUCCAACCGUGGGACGCUGGUGCUGGAAGCCGCCAUGAAGAGUGCCCUGCUGUCCCUGGAAGGGGCGCUGUCGGAGCAUGCGCGACGCCUACAGGAAUGUGAGGAGUGCGUGCUCUGCCUCUUUGGGAACUGUGGCAAUCGGACCAGGGAAUGUGUCCGUCUUCCUCUCUCUGCAGCCUCAGAGUUGCCCCUGGGCUCCCUGCCCAGCUGUGAAGCCGUCCUACAAGCCCAGGCCAUCCCAGAGCAGCCUGCCCAGAACUGGGCCCUCAGCAAAGCGUGUGCUCCAUACCGACGCCUCUGCUCAGGCCAGGAAAUGUCCUCUGACAGCUGCAUACGCCUCAUGGUCAGCCAUUGCCAGCUCCGCCUGCAGGAAUGCCGGCUGGAAAGCGACAUGGACUAUUUGAACACAGUGGCAGACCAAUCCGAUCCAGGGCUGUGCGGGCACCGCGGGGUGCCAGCUCCCAACGCAACGAUGGCAAAGGCAAAGAUUGUGGGAGGCAGCAAAGCCUGGCCUGGCGCGUGGCCUUGGCUGGUGUCUGUUCGGCUCAACGGAGAGCUGAUGUGCGGUGGGGUGCUAGUUGGGGAUGCUUGGGUCCUCACGGCAGCCCACUGCUUCACAGGAAGCAGAAACGAACUGGCCUGGUCAGUGGUCCUGGGCGAUUACGACCUGACAAAGCCGGAUGAAGGGGAGCGGGUUGUUCCGGUCAGCCGCAUCCUUUCCCAUCCCAAGUUCAACCCCAAGACCUUCCACAACGAUGUGGCUCUGUUGGAACUGAGCAGCCCCGUGACCCCGUCAGCCUGGGUGACUCCAGUGUGCCUUCCUGAGCGACCCAUGGAACUGGGCACAGGGGUGCCCUGCUAUAUCAUUGGCUGGGGAUCGCUCUAUGAAGAUGGUCCAGGAGCUGAUGUAGUCAUGGAAGCCCAGGUUCCCAUCCUAGCUCAAGACAUCUGCCGUGGUGCGCUGGGGCGCCAGCUCUUCACCAGCGCCAUGUUCUGCGCUGGGUUCCUCUCCGGGGGCGUUGACUCCUGCCAGGGUGACUCUGGGGGACCACUCACUUGCUGGGACCCUUUGUCAGAGCGGUAUGUGCUAUACGGGAUCACCUCCUGGGGCGACGGCUGUGGUGAGCGUGGGAAGCCUGGGGUGUACACCCGAGUCGCCGCCUUCACAGACUGGGUGCACCAGCAGAUGGAGAAGUCGCCCUCCAGCUGGGAGCCCACCUGCUUCGAGCUGCUGGCAUUGGCUCAGAUGCCACCCGAUAGGCAGCGAGUGGAGCUCUCACACCUGUGUGCCUUCUACACCCAGCCCUGCUCCCCCUCUGCUAGUCCAGCGGCUUGUGCCCAUGCUGCAGAUGAGAAGUGCAAGGCCAAGAGGCAGCAAUGCGAGCUGCGCUCGUACGCUCAGACCUUGUUGGAGUUCCUGCGCCGGGCAGAGGAGUUUUUCCGCACUCAGAUUGACUUCUCGUUCUUCACACACUCCCUCCCCCAAUUCAUGGAGCAAGUUUACCACCACCUCUUCCCUCCUCGAGCACGCCAGGAUUCCAGAGAGCAGGUUGCAGAGCCAGAGGUGGUCGUUGCCACAGGAGGUGGGCGAGAGAGCCUGCAGCCGGAUGCCAGGAAAAUGCAAAAACGAGAAGCCCAGACUUCGCCCAGGAGGCCUCCUCGGUCCACCCUCCCCUCCUUUGCCUCGUUGUUCCAGGGCACGGGGCCCAGUUUGGGCGACUGGGUGCAGGAGCUGAAUGCCCUGGCCGAGGGCUCGAGAACCACAGCCGGCGGGGAGGAGCAGCUGUUCCUGCAGCAGGCAGAUGGGGAGGUGAAGGAGCUGCAGGAACAAGGGUGGAUCUUCCUUCAGCAGCUGCAGAGAGAACUGGGCCUUCAGGAUGCUUCCCCCGAAGCUGGGACAGAGGAGGAAGCCACCAUUGCAGCCACCACCACUCCCCAAGGUCUUGCCUUGAAUGACUCCCUGGCCAGCGAGGCCCACCCCCAGCGGGAAAAGCGCAGCCUUGGGAACGCGGGCCCCAUUUGGGGAAAGGAUGACACCUUCCCCCAAGUUCCUGCUGCAGGCUCCAGCUGCCGGGGCGUCAAUGAAUCUGCCCAGCAGGUCCGUUCCGUGCGUGAGAUGCACCGCUGGAUCCUUCAAGUGCCUGAGAGGGACCUCGCCAUGACCUUCCAGGAGAUCCUCGUGGACCUGGGCUCCAAGAACUCCAAGGGCCUAUACAGGGCACGCGUCCAAGCCACCGUUGGACACAGAUCCACCUCCUUCACCGGUCUCGUUGGCCUGGCCAGCGACUCUCUGUACCGCAGCAUGCCUGGCCUCAUUGCCCUCGCCCUGGAGAGCCUGAAGACCUAACCUGGCUGCUCCUGGCAGGGGCUGGACUAACAGGACGCCCUGCGAAACCAGAGGACAAAGGCACAGAGAUGCCGCUCAGUGAGGCCCCCGUCCUCCGGGUACGAUGGCCUGGGAGUAAGGAAGUGUGGCGCAGGUCUGCUGAUCUGCCCGUGCAGGGAUGAGGGGCCUUUCCUAAUCCGAGGGCCGCAUUGCCUUGUUGGGAACCUUCUGGGAGCCACAUGCCAGCGGAAGGCAAGGACAGGCAGAAGGGAGCAGAGCGACAGACUCUCUGCCUUUGUGCAGCUGGCUGCAUUCCAGCCAGACAAAAACCAGAAGUUUACACACACACACUCUCUCUCUCUCUCUCUCAUUCACUCCAUCCUUCCUCCAGGCAAACAAGAACCAUUGUCAGUGAUAAAAGACACAUCCCAGCCAGGUCAAAACAUUCAAAGAGGGGCAGGGCUGGGGAGGACUGGGAUGGAGAGGAGACAUGGCUUAGGGGGAGGCCUGAAGGCAAGGGAGAUGAGCUGGGGGGGGGCAGCAUUCAGCCUCUCCAAGCCUUGGGUUCUUCAUUGUAGUAGUGUAAGGGCAGCUCAGAGCACAAGCUAGUCUCUCUCCGCACCAAACCACCUUCUGUUUUUCUUUUUCCAUAUGCUUAAACUGGGCACUUUUAUUUUGAUGAAAAAGCAGGCAUGGGGCCCCAAUCCAGAACAUGCUCCUGGCCCAGAUCAGGGCCUCUCACACCCAAUUCCCUGCUGAAAAAUCUGCCCCCUUCCAGGCUCCUGUUUACCCUGCGAGGUGCUGCUUGCAGGAAACAAAUCCAGAGCGGACACAAUAUCAGUUAGGUGAUGAUGAUGAUGGCAACUUUCAGGACCUGAAACCAGUUGAGGAGCAAGCCUCAUUUUGGGGGUGGGGGGCAGUGUCAUCUAAUUGCGACUUUCUCUUCCAAAUAAAAGCGGCAGGAGUAGAAUGUGGAGGGACCCCCAAUGUCUAAGAAAAUGUCUCUG